AUGGAUUACCAGAACCGCGCAGGUUCGAAGUUCGGUGGCGGAGGUGUCGCCUCAACUUCAGCAACCAAUGCCGAUCGCCGCGAGCGUUUGCGCAAACUCGCCUUGGAGACCAUCGACCUCGACAAAGACCCCUACUUCUUCAAGAAUCACGUCGGAUCCUUUGAGUGCCGACUUUGUUUGACAGUUCACCAAAAUGACGGUUCCUACCUCGCCCACACGCAAGGCCGCAAACAUCAAACUAACCUGGCGCGCCGUGCAGCGAAGGAGCAGAAGGAGGGCCGGCCAGGCUUGGAUCCUGUUACAGGCAUGCCAAUUGGAAUGGUGGGUGCGCAGGUUGCGGUCAAGAGGAACGUGGUGAAAAUUGGAAGACCAGGAUACAAGAUCACAAAGACGAGGGAUCCGGUUACGAGACAGCAGGGCUUGGUAUUCCAACUGCAGUAUCCUGAGAUUGCGCCUGAUGUUACACCGAAGGUCAGAUUCAUGAGUGCUUUUGAGCAGAAGAUUGAUGAUCCUCCCGACAAGAACUUUCAGUACAUGUUGGUAGCUGCGGAGCCGUAUGAGACGUGUGGCUUCAAGCUACAGGCGCGGGAGGUGGACCGUACCAAUGAUCGAUACUAUACGUGGUGGGAUCCGGAUUUGAAGGAGUUCUGGGUACAGGUCAUGUUCAAGACAGAGAGAGAGGAGCGAUACAGUGGUGUUCCUGGUUUGGCUCCGUCGGGACUUUCAAGACGAUGA